GGAGAGGCACCCAAGACCCCAGAAGCGGACGGGAUCGGAGCCUGUGCGCGGCGGGGAGGGCUGGUGCUGCGGGGGCGGAGCCCGCCGAGUCCGGGCCGCCGCGCCCUCCCGCCUGCCCCCUUGCAGGCUGGGGAGGAGGGCCAUGGCCAGCCCGGAGGAGCGGCUCGCUCCCCGCCCCCAGGCCCCGCUGCCAGCGGCUGGGGACGGGCCCGGCGGCAGCCAAGUCCGCCAGGAUCCCCGGCGCGGCGAGGCCAGCGGGCGGAGUGCAGUGGGCCUGAGCCUGGCCCGGGAGCCGCCUGGCUGCGGCCGGGAGGAGCCGGCGGCGCCCCCGCCCCUGUCCCGGUCCCGGUCUCCCGCAGGCCACGCCAGCCUCGCUGGGGGCCCCAGCGCCCUCUCCGUGCUCAGCGCCCGCGGCUGCGGCUGGGUGGCGGCCCGCGCUCCCUCGGCGCUCGCCUUCUCCUCCCCUGUCCCCUCCUCCUCCUUUUCAUCUUCCUGGUACUUGUGGCCGCCGCCCCCCCUGCCCCCUCCCCCUCUUGUCCCCUCCUCAUCUGCCUUCCACCUCCCCGUGCGUCUCCCGAGAAGGGAGGGCGCAGCGGCGGCGGGAGGAGGCGGCGGCGGCGAUGCUGGCGGAGGAGGAGGAGGAGGACAAGAGGCAGCUCCCUUGAGCGUCCCCCCCGGCAGUAGUCACCGCAGCGGCGGUGGCAGCGGCGGGCGGCGGCGGCUCUUCCUCUCGCCUGCGAUCCUAGGCUUGCUGCUCCCAGCCCGUGCCGGGCCCCGGCCACCGCCGCCGCCGCCGCGGCUCCCCCUCCUCCCGGGCGCGCGCCGCACAGACUCCCCGGGCUUUCCGGGCGCCGGCGGGGGCUGCCCUGGCCUCGGCCCCGGCUCUGUCGCCGGUGGCCGAACUCCGUGGCGGCCCCGAGGCGCCGCCUUCCCCCUCGCCACCGCUUGGCCGCUGCUCUUCGGCUCCGACAUGGAAGAUGGACCUUCUAACAAUGCGAGUUGCUUCCGAAGGCUGACCGAGUGUUUCCUCAGCCCCAAUUUGACGGAUGAGAAGGUGAAGGCCUACCUCUCUCUCCACCCCCAGGUCCUAGAUGAGUUUGUUUCCGAAAGCGUUAGCGCAGAGACCGUAGAGAAGUGGCUGAAGAGGAAGAACAACAAAGUGGAAGAUGAAUCGGCUCCUAAGGAAGUCAGCAGGUACCAGGACACGAACAUGCAGGGAGUUGUGUACGAGCUGAACAGCUACAUAGAGCAACGUCUGGACACGGGCGGGGACAACCACCUGCUCCUCUACGAGCUGAGCAGUAUCAUCAGGAUAGCCACAAAAGCCGAUGGAUUUGCACUAUACUUCCUUGGAGAGUGCAAUAAUAGUCUGUGUGUGUUCACGCCACCUGGAAUAAAGGAAGGUCAACCCCGGCUUAUCCCCGCAGGACCCAUCACCCAGGGUACCACCAUCUCCGCUUAUGUGGCCAAGUCUAGGAAAACCCUGCUUGUGGAGGACAUCCUUGGGGAUGAGCGGUUUCCGAGAGGUACUGGCCUGGAAUCGGGGACUCGGAUCCAGUCUGUUCUUUGCUUGCCGAUCGUCACCGCCAUCGGAGACUUGAUUGGCAUUCUUGAGCUCUACAGGCACUGGGGCAAAGAGGCCUUCUGUCUCAGUCAUCAGGAGGUCGCAACAGCCAAUCUUGCUUGGGCUUCCGUAGCAAUACACCAGGUGCAGGUGUGCAGAGGUCUCGCCAAACAGACGGAACUGAAUGACUUCCUGCUGGAUGUAUCGAAGACAUACUUUGACAACAUAGUUGCCAUAGACUCUCUGCUUGAACACAUCAUGAUAUACGCAAAGAAUCUCGUGAACGCCGACCGCUGCGCGCUCUUCCAGGUAGACCACAAGAAUAAGGAGCUGUACUCGGACCUGUUUGACAUCGGGGAGGAGAAGGAGGGGAAGCCCAUCUUCAAGAAGACGAAGGAGAUCAGAUUUUCCAUUGAGAAGGGUAUUGCUGGCCAAGUGGCAAGAACAGGGGAAGUCCUGAAUAUCCCGGACGCUUACGCGGACCCGCGUUUUAACAGGGAGGUGGACUUGUAUACGGGCUACACCACCCGGAACAUUCUCUGCAUGCCCAUAGUGAGUCGCGGCAGCGUGAUUGGCGUGGUGCAGAUGGUGAACAAGAUCAGCGGCAGUGCCUUCUCCAAGACGGACGAGAACAACUUCAAGAUGUUCGCCGUCUUCUGUGCCCUGGCCUUGCACUGUGCUAACAUGUACCACAGGAUCCGCCACUCAGAGUGCAUCUACAGGGUCACCAUGGAGAAGCUGUCCUACCACAGCAUCUGCACCUCAGAGGAGUGGCAAGGUCUCAUGCACUUCAACCUGCCGGCACGCAUCUGCAGAGAGAUCGAGCUUUUCCACUUUGACAUCGGCCCUUUUGAGAACAUGUGGCCCGGAAUCUUUGUCUACAUGAUCCAUCAGUCCUGUGGGACAUCCUGCUUUGAACUUGAAAAGUUGUGUCGUUUUAUCAUGUCUGUGAAGAAGAAUUACCGGCGGGUUCCUUACCACAACUGGAAGCACGCAGUCACGGUGGCACACUGCAUGUAUGCCAUACUUCAGAACAACUAUGGGCUCUUCACAGACCUCGAGCGCAAAGGCCUGCUCAUUGCCUGCCUGUGCCACGACCUGGACCACAGGGGCUUCAGUAACAGCUACCUGCAGAAAUUCGACCACCCCCUGGCAGCCCUGUACUCCACGUCCACCAUGGAGCAGCACCAUUUCUCCCAGACGGUGUCCAUCCUGCAGCUGGAAGGGCACAACAUCUUCUCCACGCUGAGCUCCAGCGAGUAUGAGCAGGUGCUGGAGAUCAUCCGAAAAGCCAUCAUCGCCACUGACCUCGCCCUCUACUUCGGGAACAGGAAGCAGCUGGAAGAGAUGUACCACACGGGGUCACUAAACCUCCACAACCAGUCACAUCGAGACCGCGUCAUCGGGUUGAUGAUGACCGCCUGUGACCUUUGUUCUGUGACAAAACUAUGGCCGGUUACGAAACUGACGGCGAAUGACAUAUACGCGGAGUUCUGGGCCGAGGGUGAUGAAAUGAAGAAACUGGGAAUACAGCCCAUUCCCAUGAUGGACAGAGACAAGCGAGAUGAAGUCCCUCAGGGACAGCUUGGAUUCUACAAUGCAGUGGCCAUUCCCUGCUACACCACGCUGACACAGAUCCUCCCGCCCACGGAGCCACUACUGAAGGCCUGCAGGGACAAUCUCAAUCAGUGGGAGAAGGUGAUUCGUGGCGAAGAGACUGCGUUGUGGAUUUCUGCCCCCGCAGCUGGCAAAGGGGCUUCGGAGAAACUGCCCAUGAAGGUCGAUGACUGAUGCAUCCCGGCGGCCGCGAGGUGUCCGCCCAGCAACUGACUCUCAUCCUGCUUCUUUGACGUCGUUCCUUUUGUUUUUUAAGGGGGGCAGGGACCUCUCCCAGAAGGUACCACCAUCGCGUAUACACGUGAAGCAGAUGACCCUCUGCUUGCCGCUCACGCA